CGUGUGCCUGAAAGGAGGCUCUUCCCUCCGCCGGAGGGGGGGGUGGGAAUCAGCUUAGGAAAGCAAAGUUUGAAGAGCGAAUUCCUGUUAUUUCCAAACGCCCCAUGUGACAGGAUAUUUCCUUAUCAUUUGGAGCGCAGGCUUUCCCCGGUGCACCAGCCCGGCACAAGCGCCCGGCCAUGGCUCCGGCCCCUCUCCUGCUUCUCCUGGUGCUUCUCCCCCAGGUUUUUCCGCUGCUGGAUACUAGCAUCUUCUUAAUAUAUAAUGAAGAUCAUAAGCGCUGUGUGCUAGCUCAAAGUUCUAAUUCAGUGACUACUGCUCCUUGUGUUCAAGAAAAUGAGUCACAAAAAUUCAGGUGGGUCUCAGAUCACCAGCUUAUGAGCAUAGCAUUCAAAUUGUGCUUGGGAGUGCCUUCGAAGAAAGACUGGGUUCCGAUCACUCUGUAUCCUUGUGACAAGGCUAGUGAACUUCAGCGAUGGGAAUGCAGAAAUGAGACUCUUUUUGCAAUCCAAGGGGAAGAUUUGUUUUUCAACUAUGGAAACAGACAGGAAAGGAAUAUUAUGCUGUACAAGGGAUCUGGUUUAUGGAGUAGGUGGAAAGUCUACGGAACCACAGACGAUCUGUGUUCUCGAGGCUAUGAAGAUACCUACACAGUGAAAGGAAAUGCCAAUGGAGCACCUUGUGUAUUCCCCUUUAAGUUUGGUGAUAAAUGGUAUGCUGACUGCAUAGAUGCUGGGAGAUCAGAUGGCUGGUUCUGGUGUGGAACCACUUCAGACUUUAAUGUUGACAAGAUGUAUGGAUUUUGCCCACAGAAAUCAAAUAGUAUUAAUUUAUUGUGGAAUAUUGAUCCUUUAACAAAUGUCCAGUACCAGAUAAACUCUGACGCAUCUCUGAAAUGGCACCAAGCAAGAAAAAGCUGUCAACAACAAAAGGCAGAUUUAUUAAGCAUCACAGAAUUGCAUGAACAAACAUACCUUACAGGUUUGACUGGUAGACUGAGUUCUGCUCUCUGGAUUGGCCUUAACAGUUUGAAUUUCAACAGUGGAUGGCAAUGGGUUGGUGGUGCUCCUUUUCGAUACUUAAAUUGGGUUCCAGGACAUCCUUCACCAGAACCUGGAAAAGUCUGUGCAGCAUUAAAUCCUGGCAAAGGUGCUAAGUGGGAGAAUCGAGAAUGCGAUCAGAAACUUGGCUAUAUCUGUAAACGAGGAAAUGCUACUUUAUCAUCUUUCAUUAUUCCUACAGAUACUAAUGUGCCUAUUAGAUGUCCUGAUCAGUGGAUGUCAUAUGCUGGCCACUGUUACAUAAUUCACAGGGAUCCCAAAAUAUGGAAAGAUGCCUUAACAUCUUGCAGGAAAGAGGAUGGGGAUCUGGCGAGCAUCCAUAAUGUUGAAGAGUACAGCUUUGUUAUUUCUCAGCUUGGGUACCAGCCAGCUGAUGAGCUGUGGAUUGGGUUGAAUGAUCUCAAGGUUCAGAUGUAUUUUGAAUGGAGUGAUGGGACACCAGUCACCUACACCAAAUGGCUUCGUGGAGAACCCACUCAUGCAAACAACAGGCAAGAGGACUGUGUUGUUAUGAAGGGAAAGGAUGGAUUUUGGGCAGACCACUCUUGUGAAAAGAAAAUUGCCUAUAUCUGUAAAAGGAAACCCGUAUCAGAAGCUCCUACAGAAGAAGAAACUAUUGACAUGAGCUGUCAGAGGGGUUGGAAAAGACAUGGUUUUUAUUGUUACUUCAUUGGAAAUACAUUUGUAUCAUUUUCUGAAGCAAAUCAAACCUGUGUAAGGCAUCAGGCCUUUUUAGCAACUAUUGAAGACAGAUACGAACAAGCCUACCUAACUAGCCUGAUUGGCCUGAGAACAGAAAGAUACUUUUGGAUUGGACUUUCAGAUGUAGAAGAAAAGGGAACUUUCAAGUGGGCUAAUGGCGAAUCUGUCUUAUUUACACACUGGAAUUCUGAAAUGCCUGGAAGAAAACGAGGCUGCGUUGCCAUGAGGACUGGAAUUGCAGGUGGAUUAUGGGAUGUAAUAAAAUGUGAAGAAAAGGCAAAGUUCCUAUGUAAAAUGUGGGCAGAGGGAGUGACAGUUCCACCUGUUCCUACAACAACUUCUGUUCCCCGGUGUCCAGAAGGUUGGGACUCAAAUAAUCGUAUUAGCUUCUGUUUCAAACCUUUUGCAAGAGGAGAGCAAAAGAAAACAUGGCUUGAAUCUCAAGAGUUUUGUCGAGCUAUAGGAGGAGAUCUGGCCUCCAUUAAUGGUAAAGAAGAACAAUAUGUGAUAUGGCGUUCUAUUGCGAACAAUGGCUAUUAUCACCAACAUUUCUGGAUGGGUUUGUAUUACUUGAAUCCUGAUGAUGGCUUUGUUUGGAGUGAUGGAUCUCCAGUGAGAUAUGAAAACUGGGGCUUUGGAGAACCAAAUAAUUACCAAGGAAUUGAACUUUGUGCUGAGAUCAGUGGUGAUUCCAGCAUGCUUUGGAAUGACAGGCACUGUGAUUAUCUAUAUGGAUGGAUUUGCCAGAUAAGAAAAGGAGCGAGUGUAAAGCCUGAACCAACAGAAUCUCCUGCACCCAAAUACCAGACUACUGAGGAUGGAUGGAUUAUAAAUGAAGACAAACAAUAUUAUUUCAGCACAGAGAGUGUUCCUAUGGAAAAAGGUCGGGAGUUCUGCAAAAGGAACUUUGGAGACCUUGCCGUCAUUGAGAGUGAAAGUGAAAGGAAGUUCCUCUGGCGAUACAUCUUGAAAAAUGGCAAAGAGGAUUCCUAUUUCAUUGGUUUACAACUAAGUAUUGACCAACGGACAAGCUGGAUGGAUGGCACUCCAGUGAAUUAUUUGGCAUGGGCACCACAUGAACCUAACUUUGCAAAUAAUGAUGAAAACUGUGUGGUUAUGUAUAAGAAUUUAGGAUUUUGGAAUGAUAUAAACUGUGGUUAUCCAAAUCCCUACAUAUGUGAAAGGCACAACAGUUCCAUUAAUUCAACUGUUCCUCCAACAACAUUUUCAACUCCAAGAGGAUGUAAUCCAACUUGGCUUUCCUUUCAUAAUAAGUGUUACAAAAUAUUUGGAUAUACAGAAGAUGAACGCAUAACUUGGCAUGCUGCACGAACAGCUUGCAUGAAUUUAGGAGGAAACCUGGCCACUGUCCUUACUGAACAAGUGCAAGCUUUCCUCACCUUCCAUAUGAAAGACUUUGUUACUGAUACAUGGAUUGGAUUAAAUGAUAUAAAUCACGAACUGAGGUUCCUCUGGACAGAUGGAACAGGAGUUUACUUUACAAACUGGGCCAAAGGCUUCCCAUCAGGGCAUUCAGAUUUAUACUCAUACGGUGGCCAGGCUGAUUGUGUUGUCAUGAGAAACAAUCCUGUUAAGGAAGCAGGGAAGUGGGCUGAUGAGAGCUGUGAUAACAACAGAGGAUAUAUAUGCCAAAUUAAUGCAGAUGCUGAGCUUCUGCCUUCUACGAGUUCAUCCCCAUCCAGCAUUUUCCGUUAUGGUAACAGUAGUUAUUUAUUCAUCCAUACCAAAAUGAAAUGGGAGGAUGCACGAAUGAACUGCAAACGUGAUCAGUUUGACCUUUCCAGCAUCUUAGACCCCUACACUCAUUCGUAUCUGUGGCUAAAGAUAUUAAAGUAUGGGGUGCCUAUGUGGAUUGGUCUUAACAGUAACAUGACAAAUGGGCGUUAUGAAUGGAUCGAUAACUGGAGAAUGAAGUAUACUAAAUGGGCUGAAGGGGAGCCAAAGCAGAAAAUAGGCUGUGUCUAUCUAGACAUUGACGGAGCCUGGAAGACAGGUUCCUGCAAUGAAAGUUACUUCUCUGUUUGCAAAAAACCUGAUGUUCAAGCUCCCACUGAACCACCUCAGCUUCCAGGGAAAUGCCCUGAAACAGAAGGGCACAAGUCUUGGAUCCCUUUCCGAGGGCAUUGCUACUACAUUGAAUCUUCAUCUACAAGGAACUGGGCCCAGGCAUCUUUAGAAUGUCUUCGACUGGGUGCCUCUUUGGUAUCAGUUGAAGACUCGGCCGAAGCCAACUUCCUGGCAUAUACCAUUGAACCACUUGAAGGGAAAAUAUCAACUUUUUGGACAGGAAUGUACAGAAAUGUGGAUGGAGAAUGGCUAUGGUUAGACAACAGUAUUGUGAAUUUUGUCAACUGGAACGUAGGAGAACCUUCCCCUCAACAAAAUGAGCACUGUGUUGAAAUGUAUGCAAACUCUGGGUACUGGAACAAUAUCUAUUGCUCUUCUUACAAAGGCUAUGUUUGCAAAAAGCCAAAAACAAUUGAAAUGCCACCAGCACCUGAAGUGCCACCAGCUGAAAUGCCUACAAAGGCAAUGACAAAGGACGAGAAGGCUUCUACUAUGAACCACAGUAAAAUAGGAGUUGUGGUUAUUGUUGUCAUCCUCGUUGUAGUAGGAAGUGGCCUUGCAGGCUAUCUGUUCUACAAAAGAAGAAAGAAUCGCUUGUUGGCAAAUGACAGUUUUGAGAACAAUUUGUAUUUUAGUAGUGAUACAGUUCCUGGAACUAAUGACACAAAGGAUCUUGUGACCAACAUAGAACAGAACGAACAUGCAACGCUGUAAUGUAAUAGAAUUCAGUGUAAUGUAAUAUGUAAUGUAAAAUGUAAAGUAAUGAAGUAAAAUGUGCCUUGUUUUAAUAAAAUUAUGCAAUUAGAAUUAAGCCAAAACUAUUCUCUUGUGUGCAAAUACUGUACAAACCUCUUUCUGUGGGUGUGUAAUGUCAUAUACAGCAGUCACUUCAUUUUGUAAUCCUUGUGAAAUGUGUGAGAUUUCUGGGUCUUAAAAAAAGAGAUCAUAGUGGCUAAUUAUUAACUAGAACAGUAGAAAUGGAUACAAUAAAGCAAGUAAAAUGUAGAUAGAUCCUCUGGAGAAGGCUCCCAGGAUUUGAAGUUUCUGCACCAGAUUUAUUUCAAACUAUGCUAUGCACAGAUUCUCCACUCUAUUCAGCAAACGUAAUUCUACCAGCUUUCAAAUAUUCCUAGGGACUUAACUACAGGGGUAGCUGCUAGAAGACAAGUCUGUAUUUAGCAACAUCCUCUUUGAACUGCAUGGGGAAAAAUCCUUUUAUAAUAUAAUUUCAGUUCCUGCAGUUUUAUGCAACACAGAUAAUAAAGUAUGUGGUGCUUGAAGUUUAUGUAUUCUAAGAUUUAAUUAGGUAAAGUUCAAGGGCAGGCAUUUGCAGUGGAAAAGUGUGGUUGGUGAUAACUGCCAGUGUUCUGACUAGCCACAAGUGGGUUUGUCUGGGAGAAAUGAUGAAGGUCAUGGCAAGAAUUCCUUCUUAUCAGGACCACAGUUACUGAGAAGAUGAAGGAACACUACCUAUAUGUAUUCUGAAGGUUUAAAGAAGCACUGGUUAGCUGUUAUGGCCAACAAAAGUUAGUGCUGCUCUCCUGCAACCGCUGAAUAAGUAGCAUAGGCUUGUGGUCUGUGUGCUGUGUGCUGUGUGCUGUGUCUGUGGUCUGUGUGCUGGAAGUCAAGAGCAAUUUAGAUUUACCAGUGCAUUAAUUACUAUUGAUUUUAUUUCACUUCUAAAAUGGCUCAAUCAGUUGCCAUUUAUGGAAAUCUUAGAUUCUCAAUGUGGAGUUUAUAUUCCUACUUUUUGUAAAUCUUGUAAAUCAUUUAUAAAUCCUCACUCAAAUACAGGGGUUGGUUUUGUGGUUUGACAUUUUUAUUCUGUGAAAUAAAGAGUAAC